UGGCCACGCAAGCGACUGGACUGUUUGGAGAACCAUAACAACUCUAGCUAGAUAAUUGUCCAUUUUCAUUUUACAACAUGCUGUCAGAAGAAGGAUAUUAGCUUCAUUUACAGUAUCAUAUGCGUUUCGUUGGAUAUCGUUCGUGGUUUUACAACCGGUUAAUAACCGACCAUGAAGAGGGACCAGUCAGAUGGACAGACAUCUAUCUGCCUCUCUUCUCUGACCUUGUGACAAAAUAAUUCUGCUCACCAAACAUUUUUCUACCACGCCAAAAGGGGACGAAUUAUCUCAAGAUGCCUCGGUUGGAAGACGUCGCCAACAUUGUUCUGAGGGUGCCAAGCAUCCUGGUACUGGACUUGCUCUAUAAAUGUGACAUUGAUAGCUUCACAGAGCACCUCAGGGCGAAGAACGAAGACAUGCUCUUCAAAUACAAAUAUGUUAUCUGGAACCUCUAUUACCUAGGUCACGUGAUCAACGUGGUAAUGUUACUUUUACCAUUGAGACACAUCAUCAAGGUCUACCUCUACAUCCUCACCACUCUGCUCUUUUACGUGGGACACCAGAUCUCCAAGGACUAUGUCCAUGGAGAGGUGCAGUAUGGGUAUGACGGAGCCCUGUACCUCGACUCUCAGGCCUUCAACCGGUUUGUCUCUUCCCUGACUAGUCAGGUCAUAUUGAGUACGUUGUGUGCCUUCCUCAUGAAGACCAGGAAGGUGUGGCUGUUCUCUGCCCACCUUCUGCCCCUAUUGGCCCGUCUCUGUGCCAUGCCCCAUAACACCCUGCUUUUGGUCAACUCCUUCUCCACGGCCCUGACUGGAAUAGGUGUGGCCAUGUUCCUCCUGUCCAAUCUGUUCGUGCCGUACCGGCUGGCCAGGGCAGCCUGCUCUGAACUGCUUCAACUGGAGGUGAUAGAGCUGUAUAGACUCCUCGCGGUGACUAUCUCUCUCUGGAAUCAGUUUGCAGUGCCAGUGUUGUUCAGUGUGUUCUGGUCUGUGCUGUUUGUGGUCCAGCUGUGUUCUUACUCCAUGACCAACAAUACAACAGGCAACCACGAGGGGGUGCUGUUCUUCCUCCUCACAAGUGUCUCUGAGUGCUGUGUCACCCCCUACUCCCUGCUGGGCCUGACGUCGGUGGUGUCUUACCUGGGCCUGGGGCUGCUCAACCUCACCAAGUUCUACCUGGGGGGCUACACUGCAGUACAGAAUGACAACGUCAUGCACAGAGGUGUGACUGAGGGGGUAACGUUGCUGCUGCUGGCUCUUCAGACGGGUCUUUUAGACAUGCAGGCUCUGCAACGCACCUUCCUCCUCAGUAUCAUCCUCUUCAUCGUCGUCACAUCCACUCUGCAGUCCAUGAUAGAGAUCACAGACCCCAUCAUCCUGGCCCUGGGGGCAUCUAGAAACAGGAGUCUAUGGAAACACUUCAGAGGUCUCAGUAUGUGUCUGGUCCUGCUGGUGUUUCCAGGAUACAUGGCAUAUAAAAUCUCCCAGUUCUUCCACAUGGACUUCUGGCUCCUCAUCCUGGUCUCCAGCUGCAUGCUCACCUCUCUGCAGGUGACAGGUACCUUGCUGAUCUACUCCCUCUUCAUGGUUGAGCUGUCCUGUAGCGACCCUAUAGACAGCCUGGAUGAGAUCAUCUAUUGGGUCAAUGCAGUCAGCCGCGUGCUGGAGUUCGUUGUGGCUCUCUGCGUGGUGGCCUACGGGACCUGGGAAUCUCUGUUUGGGGAGUGGAGCUGGAUGGGUGCCUCAGUUAUCAUUAUACACUGCUACUUCAACGUGUGGCUCAGAGCCCAGACCGGCUGGAGGAGCUUCCUGCUUAGACAGGAAGCAGCCAAGAAGAUCAACUCCCUCCCCCGGGCCACGGCCAAUCAGCUGCAGCAACACAACGACGUUUGUGCCAUUUGCUUCCAGGAAAUGAGCUCAGCCGUGCUGACGUACUGCGGACAUUUUUUCCAUGGAAACUGCCUGCGUAAGUGGCUCUACGUCCAGGAGACUUGCCCCAUGUGCCACCAGGCCGUCCGCCCCACCCCGCCAGCCCCAGCCCACGCGGCAGGAGACUUCCAGGCUGCUCCUCUGCCCUCUAGAGGUACUGGACCAGGCCAGGUAGAGGAGAGGAGACUCUCCAGAGAUCAGACGCCAGGCAGGGACCAGCCCCCAGCUAACCUGCCGUCCCCAGGCUCCCCAGAUCAGCAGGAAGGGACAGAGAGCCUGGGAGAGGGAACCAGUGGUUCAGAUAGAGAGGACAGAACGGGACGCCCACUUAGGAAACCUGUCCAGGAUCUCCACUUCAGCUCCACUGGGGACUUUGUAGGCUUUGUCAGGCCACGCUCUUCUGGGGGUAGUCCUCGUCCAGGGAAGCAGAACCUGGAGCCUUGGGAUGGAGCUCAUCCUACCAACAGGUACAACGGUGAAGGGGUUGACUACACCAUCAAAGGACUGUUGGUGCAAUCUGCUCCCAAAGAGCAGAAUGGCAGAGUAUUGACUAGAGUGAAUGGGGCUAGAGAGAACUGCCGGACUGAGAACAACCUUGUAGGAGAAAACCAAUGUGGACCUAUGUCAGGGACAACGACCAGAAAGACCUCAAGGUCUAAGAGUGUGAGCGGGAUAGGAGACGUCACGCAACAGAUCCCUGAACACAGGGGACGACCACGGUCACACACUCUAGAUGGUGGACAUGCACAGCAGGAUGAAAGCCAAUCAGAACUGGACACGCCCUGGGAUGUUAAAUCUACCCGGCGACAGAGAUCUAGGCUACGCAGUAGUUCUACUAACACCAGAACAGAGGAGGAGGGACUCCGUCACACCAGAACAGAGGAGGAGGAGGGACUCCGUCACACCAGAACAGAGGAGGAGGAGGGACUCCGUCACAACAGAACAGAGGAGGAGGGACUCCUUCACAAGUAG